UGCUUUCGGUGGUCGUUCGUAUGGCGAAAAGGUAGAAAAAAGCGGUGGCAACUCGGUCGUUCGAUAUCAGGAAAAACGAUCAGUUUCGUACGCACGAGUCAACUCGUACGGUUCGUGUUUAUCGCGUGGAAAAAGAGAUAUUCGAUCGACGAUUGUUCGCGACAUAAAGGAACGCGAGCGAAAAUACGCUGCCACACGGUCGCGCGACGGUCGUUGCGUUGACGAGAGGUAAAAAAGAAAAUAACGGAAUAGAAAGUAAAUUGUACCGUGAAGCGUGAUCCUGAAAAGUUAUCCGCGUGGUCGAGCAUAAUUCCAGGUGCUAAAUUUAAAUGUGUUGCCCCGAUCCCCUUGGGUUAUUUCGCCUAGGUUGGCUGCGCUCGAACGGCUCGCUAGCGAAGCUCUAUCAGCCCUGCCGGCAGUGGUAUCGCUGUUGACCGUCGUUACCAGGUAUAUACGUGGUCGCCAUUGCCGGCGGUAGCGACACUGUGAACACCGCCUGCGCCAUCGCGAGCUACCACCACUACGCGAGUCAGUCGACGGUCUGCCGGCGAGCAGUGCGGACGCGUCGUGCAAGGAUUCAGUUGUCGUUGCCCGCAAAUAUUUGCUGGCACGACCGCGAUUUGCCCCACCGUCGGUGCCACGGUAACGCACGGCUCCCGCGGACAGAACCACCUCCCCUCUGCCCGGCCCGACGACCCUCCCACCCGACGGUUACCCGGUGUUCUACCAGCGCCGCGGCGGUUCCCCUCUAUUGAUCGAAUUUGACCUGCGAAGUUUCCCCUAGCGUGUGCGGUAGUGGCGGCCGGCAGUGGCUCUCGCGCUUACGUUCCUCGGUUAGUGCGGUAAAUAAUCGCGAUACCUCGGCAUGGCUACUCCGACCACUUGCACGCGGUUUAGUGACAACUACGACCUCAAAGAGGAACUGGGAAAGGGUGCCUUCUCGGUGGUUCGACGAUGCGUUCAGAAGAGCACCGGUCACGAGUUCGCGGCGAAGAUCAUAAACACGAAAAAGCUCACGUCCAGAGAUUUUCAGAAGCUCGAACGCGAGGCACGGAUAUGCAGGAAGUUGCAGCAUCCAAAUAUCGUGAGAUUACACGACAGCAUACAGGAGGAGAACCACCAUUACCUCGUAUUUGACCUAGUGACUGGCGGCGAACUGUUCGAGGAUAUCGUGGCGCGAGAGUUCUACAGCGAAGCGGACGCGUCGCACUGUAUCCAACAAAUCCUGGAAAGCGUACACCACUGCCACUACAAUGGAGUUGUGCACAGGGACCUGAAACCCGAAAAUUUACUCCUCGCAAGUAAGGCGAAGGGCGCGGCUGUGAAAUUAGCGGACUUUGGAUUGGCGAUCGAGGUGCAGGGCGAAGCACCCGCAUGGUUCGGUUUCGCCGGGACGCCCGGUUACCUCAGCCCGGAAGUCCUCAAGAAAGAACCAUACGGCAAGCCAGUCGACAUCUGGGCGUGCGGUGUCAUUCUUUACAUCCUCCUGGUCGGUUAUCCGCCAUUUUGGGACGAGGAUCAGCACCGACUGUACGCGCAGAUCAAGGCCGGAUCGUACGACUACCCGAGCCCAGAAUGGGACACCGUCACGCCGGAAGCCAAGAACCUAAUCAAUCAGAUGCUGACGGUGAACCCGAGCAAAAGGAUCACCGCCAGCGAGGCACUGAAGCACCCAUGGAUCUGCCAACGUGAACGUGUCGCGUCCGUCGUCCACAGACAAGAGACUGUGGAUUGUUUGAAGAAAUUCAACGCAAGGCGCAAAUUAAAGGGCGCUAUUCUGACGACCAUGUUGGCGACGAGGAACUUUUCCAGUAAGUAUGAUGCACAGGGUCGGAGCAUCAUCACGAAGAAGGGCGAUGGCUCUCAGGUGAAGGAAUCGACCGACAGCAGCACGACGAUCGAGGACGAUGACGUGAAAGAGGAUAAGAAGGGCGGCGUCGACCGGAGCAGCACGGUCAUUGCCAAAGAACCCGAAGCUGGCAGCGCAGGAAGCGGUAGCAGCAGUGGUAGCAGCAGCAACAGCCAGAACAGCCAGACUGGCGCUUCACCGUCCUCGCCAGCGGCCGUCUACAUCGGCAACAACCACGCGGCGACGCCCACGGCACCGUCGCGACGCUACGACUCCUCGAACAACGGACUGGAGAUUCGACGCGCGGCCGGCUCCGGAUACAUGCCACUUGGUCAAGCCGAGUGCUGCGACCCGGAAGAUGCACGCCGUCAGGAGAUCAUCAAGAUGACCGAGCAGCUGAUCGAGAGCAUCAACACCGGCGAUUUCGAGGCGUACACGAAAAUCUGUGAUCCACAUCUGACUGCGUUCGAGCCAGAGGCUCUAGGUAAUUUAGUCGAGGGAAUGGAUUUCCACAAAUUUUACUUUGAUAAUGCAGUCCUGGGGAAGAACUGCAAAGCCGUAAACACGACGAUCCUGAACCCCCACGUGCACCUGCUGGGCGAAGACGCCGCGUGCAUCGCGUACGUCAGGCUGACACAGUACAUGGACAAACAAGGCGUAGCGCACACCCACCAGAGCGAGGAGAGCCGCGUGUGGCACAAGAGGGACAACAAAUGGCAGAACGUGCAUUUCCAUCGAAGCGCGGUCACAGGCCCGUCGCCGUUCACCUACAAUCACAAGUAAAUCGACAGCACGGGGAAAAGUAACAAGGGGAGGAAGUAGAAGGGCCGAUGUGUCGGUGGACGCUCGUCGCCUCGACGCGUGGAACGAACGAACCGAACCGUGCAUGGAACACGAACGAUGGAGCACACGUACACCUGAAAUCCACACUUCUGACAUCGGAUAAAUGGAUAAAUACAUAUUACGGCCGUCUAUCUAUUUAUUUAUUUAUCGAUACACACCUACACACACACACACACAAACACACACACGUAUAAACACACGCGUAUAGUUAGUAUUAAGCGCGACAAGAUGGAAGGGAACCCGCGAGAGUGCCAGGAUACGUCGGCAUCUAUCACCUAGCUUCGGUACCUGCCCAGCGUACUUACCAAGAAGCACCGCGACCCGUGUCUAGGCCUCGAUCAGGGACGAUUUCCGGCGCAAGAUCCUCGAGGAAGAAGAUGAGGAAGAAAGAAGAGGUACGCAGAGUACAGAGAGAUUUGUUCUGUCUUUGACACGGUGGAGCAUAGUGACCAGAAGUUUCCCAAGAUUCCUCGAGUGACGCACGUAGUAUAAAUACCUUCUUCGGAUAAUCACGAGAGCGGAAGUUGCCAUAGAUAUAUACGCCUUAACUUAUUAAAACGCC